AUGAAGAACAUUUCCUUCUUGUCCCAGCUGCUUCUUGUUUGCGUGGCUGCGCUACAUCUGCACACCCACGCAUCCCAGGAGGAUGCGCUGACAGCCUUCAUCUCAUCCAGGAAGAAUGGCGAGAUCAGCUCUUCCGGCGCGUUCAAAGCGCAUAACAUAGCUGACAGGGUUGCCAGCAGCCUGAAUGCUGCAAAGAACAGCUCCGCAGUCUCGCACAAGGCGGCUGAUAAGAUCCGGGCGUUGCCGGGCCAGCCACAGGGCGUCGACUUCGACCAGUACGGCGGCUACGUCACCGUCGACGAGGACAACGGCCGUGCGCUCUUCUACUACUUCGUCCAAGCACCUUCCUCCGGUUCUGCCGAAAAGCCACUCCUCCUCUGGCUCAGCGGAGGUCCAGGAUGCUCUUCACUCGGCUACGGGGCAAUGCAAGAACUCGGCCCCUUCCGUGUAUCGUCCCAGGACAACAAAAAGCUCAUCAGGAACCUGAACGCAUGGAACUCCGUGGCUAACGUCAUCUUCCUGGAGUCACCCGCCGGUGUUGGGUACUCCUACUCCAACACUUCUGCUGACUACGAUCUCAGCGGAGACCAAAGAACGGCUGAUGAUGCGUAUAUUUUUCUGGUGAAAUGGCUGGAGAGGUUUCCAGAGUUCAAGAACCGUGCGUUCUACAUCUCUGGGGAGAGCUACGCCGGCCAUUACGUGCCAGAGCUCGCAGCCACAAUCCUGCUCCAUAACACCUACAACAACAGGACCAUUGUGAACCUGAAGGGCGUCCUGGUUGGAAAUCCGUAUCUUGACGACAACAUUAAUAGUAAGGGGAAGAUCGACUUCUUCUGGGCCCAUGGGGUGAUGUCGGAUGAGGUCUAUGCUAAUGUCACCAAGCACUGCAACUUUGACAGCGCGGUGGAGACACCCUCUUCAGAGGCGGCAUGCAACGACGCUUUCGAUGUCUUCGAUAAAGGCGAAAUUGAUUCCUACAACAUCUACGCUCCAGUUUGCCUUGAAGGGCCUAAUGGAAAGUAUUACCCGAGUUCCAAUUUUCCUGGGUAUGAUCCAUGCAGUGAUAUUCCUACCGAAGCCUACCUCAAUGAUCCGGCAGUGCAGAAUGCUUUCCACGCUAGAGCGACAAAGUGGGAAGGCUGCUCGACCUUGCGUUGGAAAGAUGCGCCAAUGUCCAUGCUCCCCACCGUCAAAUUUUUAGUCGACAGCAAGCUUCCCGUUUGGAUAUUCAGUGGUGAUUUUGAUUCUGUGUGCCCGCUUCAUGCGACGAGACACGCUGUCCUAGACCUCGCCCUUCCGGUCACGACUCCAUGGCGUCCAUGGACAGCAAAGGAGGAGGUGGGAGGAUAUGUUCAGCAGUAUGCCGGUGGAUUCACAUUUCUUACUGUGCGAGGAGCUGGUCAUAUGGUUCCAUCCUUCCAGCCAGAGAGAGCCUUGAUAAUGUUGAGCUCAUUCCUCAAUGGGCCGCUACCAGGUCAGAGAUCAACAAUCAUCUCAUCAAAGAUGAAGACCAUUUCAUUUUUGUCUCUGCUUCUCAUAUCCCUGGCUGCGCUACAGAUGCACGCCAAUGCAUCCCAGGAGGCUCAGUUGAAAGCCUUCAUUUCUUCUAGGAAGAACAGCGCUAGCAGUACGGAUACAUUCAAAGUCCGUAACAUAGCUGACAGGGUUGCCGCCAGCCUGAGUACAGAGAGCUCUCUCUCUGACCAGAGUUCCCUGAAGGCAGCCGACAAGAUCACGGCGUUGCCGGGGCAGCCACAAGGAGUCGACUUCGACCAGUACGGUGGGUACGUGACCGUCGAUGAGGAGAACGGCCGCGCGCUCUUCUACUACCUCGUGGAAGCGCCUUCCGGUGCUGCAGAAAAGCCGCUCGUCCUGUGGCUCAACGGAGGUCCAGGAUGCUCAUCGCUCGGCUACGGGGCAAUGCAGGAGCUCGGCCCGUUCCGCGUAUCUGAAGACAACAAAACGCUCACUAGGAACGUGAACGCCUGGAACAACGUCGCUAAUGUGAUCUUCCUGGAGUCGCCUGCCGGUGUGGGAUUCUCCUAUUCGAACACAUCUUCGGACUAUAAUCUCAGCGGAGACGAGAGAACAGCUGAUGACGCAUAUGUCUUUCUGGUGAAAUGGCUAGAGAGGUUCCCGGAAUACAAGGGCCGCGCAUUCUACAUCUCCGGCGAGAGCUUCGCCGGCCACUAUGUGCCAGAGCUCGCCGCCACCAUCCUGCUCCACAACACCUACAACAACAGAACCAUCGUGAACCUGCAGGGCGUCCUGGUUGGAAAUCCAUACCUUGAUGCGAACAGGAACAUUAAGGGAGGGCUUGACUUCCUCUGGACCCAUGCAAUGAUGUCCGACGAGGUGUACCAGAAUGUCACUAAAAACUGCGACUUCGACAACCUGAAUGGUACACUCUCGGAGCCAGCAUGCCGUGGCGCUUUGGAUGGGUUCCACUCAGGUCAUGUUAGUGCCUACAACAUAUACGCUCCAGUUUGUCUCCGCGCGUCUAAUGGAGCGUACUACCCCAGCAGCUACUUACCUGGGUAUGAUCCAUGUAGCGACUAUCCUACCACCGCCUACCUCAAUGACCCGGCGGUGCAGAGCGCCUUCCACGCUAGAACAACUGAUUGGGCAGGCUGCGCAGACUUGGACUGGAACGAUUCGCCAAUGUCCAUGCUCCCAACAAUCAAAUUUUUAAUCGAGCACAAGCUCCCAGUUUGGAUAUUCAGUGGUGACUUUGAUUAUGUGUGCUCGCUUCCGGGCACGAGGUAUACUAUUCAAGACCUUGGCCUCCCUGUCACCACUUCAUGGCGCCCAUGGACUGCAAAAGAGGAGGUCGGUGGCUAUGUUCAGCAGUACUCCGGUGGAUUCACAUUUCUCUCUGUGAGGGGAGCUGGCCAUAUGGUUCCAUCCUUCCAGCCCGAGCGAGCCCUGACAAUGUUGAGCUAUUUCCUCCAAGGAGUGCUCCCACCUUACAUUGAGCAACAGUGA